CUUCUCAUUUGGGUGGGUGCCAUAGCAUAAGCAAAAGUAAAAUAUUCAGUGUUCAGUGUUAGAUUUGGCGAUUCUGCAAACCAUGGAUGCCCAGUUGCCGAACAUAAAAAAAUGGAUUGUGAUGUAUCCUGUUUACAUCAAUUCCAAAAAAACAAUGGCAGAAGGACGACGGAUCGCGGUCGCCAAAGCUUGCGAAAACCCUACUUGUGCCGAAAUCGGUGAUUGCUGUAGCUAUCUCAAGCUUCCUUUUGCAAUUGAGAUAGACAAGGCGUACCCUCGCGAUUUCAUGCAAAGAGGGCGCGUGAGGGUGUUGCUGAAGACGGAAGAUGGGACACUCAUUAACCCCUCCAUCUCGUCCCGAAAGCAACUGAUGUUACGGGUUGCAGAGAUGGUGCCUAGGCAUCAUGGAAGAACCAAGAAGCAAGAGACUGCAUCAACAUCAACUACUGGACCUUCCCAAAAAUCUGGAAAGGGUGGGAAAAAGAGGAGAUAAUUUAUGUUUCAAACGUUGUUGUACAUGUUUGAGUGUUUUGUCAGAUGUACUUUAUAUGAUAUGACCAACUACCCCAACCAAGUUAAAAAAUUUAGGCAUUCUUACACUCGGGCCUCUAUUUUGCGUAUUGGACAAUUUUUUCAUAGCCCUUCAUUUGGGAGGGGUGGGACACAUUUCUGAAGUUGUUAAGGGGUUACUUCUGCAAUCAAAAUUUUGAUGUGAUUUAUUUGAAC